ACCACAGCUGCCCCAACUACUACCACAGCUUCCCCAACUACUACCACAGCUACCCCAACAACUACCACCGCUGGACCAACAACUACCACAGCUACCCCAACGACUACCACAGCUGCCCCAACAACUACCACAGCUGCCCCAACAACUACCACAGCUGCCCCAACAACUACCACAGCUGGACCAACACUUACCACAGCUGGAUCAACAACAACCACAGCUACCCCAACGACGACCACAGCUGCCCAAACAACAACCACAGCUGCCCCAACAACUACCACAGCUGCCCCAACAACUACCACAGCUGGACCAACAACUACCACAGCUGCCCCAACAACUACCACAGCUGCCCCAACAACUACCACAGCUGGAACAACAAGUACCACAGCAGGAUCAACAACAACCACAGCUAGCCCAACGACUACCACAGCUGCCCCAACAACUACCACAGCUGGACCGACAACAACCACAGCUGGACCAACAACUAUCAGAGCUGCCCCAACAACUACCACAGCUGCCCCAACAACUACCACAGCUGCCCCAACAACUACCACAGCUGGACCAACACUUACCACAGCUGGAUCAACAACAACCACAGCUACCCCAACGACGACCACAGCUGCCCCAACAACAACCACAGCUGCCCCAACAACUACCACAGCUGCCCCAACAACUACCACAGCUGGACCAACAACUACCACAGCUGCCCCAACAACUACCACAGCUGCCCCAACAACUACCACAGCUGGAACAACAAGUACCACAGCAGGAUCAACAACAACCACAGCUAGCCCAACGACUACCACAGCUGCCCCAACAACUACCCCCGCCGGACCAACAACCACUAAUGCUGGACCGACAACAACCACAGCAGGACCAACAACUACCUCCGCUGGACCAACAACUACCACAGCUACCCCAACGACUACCACAGCUGGACCAACAACUACCACAGCUGGACCAACAACAACCACAGCUACCCCAACGACUACCACAGCUGGCCCAACAACAACCACAGCUGCCCCAACGACUACCACAGCUGCCCCAACAACUACCACAGCUGGAACAACAACAACCACAACUACCACAGCUGCCCCAACAACUACCACAGCUGGAACAACAACUACCACAGCUGGAUCAACAACAACCACAGCUGGACCAACAACUACCACAGCUGCCCCAAAAACUACCACAGACACCCCAACAACUACCACAGCUGGAACAACAACAACCACAGCUGCCCCAACGACUACCACACCUGCCCCAACAACUACCACAACUGGACAAACAACUACCACAGCUGGCCCAACUACCACAACAUUAAGCCCCACAACAACCACCGCAGGACCAACAACAACCUCAGCUGGACCAACGACUACCACAGCUGGCCCAACUACUACCACAGCUACCCCAACAACUACCACCGCUGGACCAACAACUACCACAGCUGGACCAACAACUACCACAGCUGGAUCAACAACAACCACAACCACAACAACCACCACUGGACCAACAACAACCACAGCUGGACCAACAACUACCACAGCUGCGCCAACAACUACCACAGCUGCCCCAACAACUACCACAGCUGCCCCAACAACAACCACAGCUGCCCCAACAACUACAACAGCUGCCCCAACAACUACCACAGCUGGACCAACAACUACCACAGCUGGAUCAACAACAACCACAGCUACCCCAACGACU